AUGUUGCCUUGCCCAGUCUUCGAAAAUUGGGGUAGCCUUGUAGGCUCCCGUAAUCUCCCCGCACUGCGCUCCCACCCCCUCACCUCGUUCCAUCCCAACAACACGACCUCACCUACAACCAACCUACAGCUACCCUCCCAUCCAACAACCUCAAUCGGAUACAAACCUUCUAUAAUGAAAACAAAAACCCGUCUCCUGCUCCUCUCCGACACUCACACCCUCCCUCCGUCCCCGCCAACCUUCCAAACCUCCCCAUACCGCCACCCUCUGCCCGCGGCCCAAAUCCUCCUCCACGCAGGCGACAUCACGAAAGUUGGCCUACGCCGCGAACACACCCUCAUCCUCUCAUCGCUCGCCUCACACCCCGCCGAACUCAAGAUCGUCAUCGCGGGUAACCACGACAUCACACUCGACGAGGAAUACUAUACGCGGUUGGGAUGGCGGAGACAUCGAUUCGUUAGUGACCAUCUGUCGGCGCUGCCGAGUGCUUCUUCUCCUGGAGGAGGGAGUGGGAAACUCGAGGAUCCGCGCGAGAUAAAGAGUCUAUAUACGAGCGAGGAAGCGCGGAGGGCUGGGAUCGUGUAUAUGGAAGAGGAGGUCCGGACGUUUGUGCUUCCGUCGACGGGGGCAAGAUUCACGGUCUAUGCCAGUCCGUACACGCCGGAGUUCUGUCAGUGGGCGUUUGCGUAUCCGAGAAGUGUAGAUCGGUUUAAUCCACCGGAUACGUCGCAUACGGCCUCCUCAGGCUCUCCGGAUACCUCGCCGGGUGGACAGAGUCUCGGAGGGAAUACGAAUGGCAGGGGAGGCAUCUACGUCCCGUCGUACCCCGACGUCGAUAUCCUCCUCACGCACGGUCCGCCGUAUGGGAUACUAGACCAAGUGGUCGGAAGUGGGGAGAGCGUGGGGUGCAAGCAUCUGUACCGGGCUGUUGAGCGGGCGAGGCCAGCAUUGCAUGUAUUUGGGCAUAUUCAUGAGGGAUAUGGUGCGAGGAGGGUGGAGUGGGAGGGGCAGCCUGGUUCAUUGGGUUCUGGGUCUGGGUCUAGGAGGAGAAGGGAGGAGGAAGUUACGUGGGAUCGGGAGACGGUCAUGGAGGAGCGGUGUGCGUAUGUUGAUUUGAGCUCGGGAUCUGGAAGGCCGUUGAGAAGAGGAGAGGAGACGUUGUUUGUUAAUGCGAGUGUGGUAAAUGUUGAGUAUAAGCCGUUGAAUGCGCCUUGGAUGGUGGAUUUGGAUUUGGAGGUUCAGGAGAGUGGUGGCGAUGCAGAGAUGACUGAAUAA